AAACAAAAGGAUUAGGUCGAUCGAGCGCACGGCUCAAGUUAGCCGACUGGCUCAGAAGAAAUCGAUCGCGGCCCAACUUCCGCCGCGAUAAUGAAAAAAUAUCUAAUCUGGUUCGUUCACGAACAUGUUGAAUUUCGACAUGCCGAACUUCAAUCGCUCAUCGAGUUGCUUGGUGCCAAACUCGAGUUCCUCGAGCGGAAAAUCGACGGCCGGAGACUCUGGAUGGUCGACACGAGCGAGGAAUUCGUCGAACCUCCAUGGAUGAUUGUUGCCUGCGAGGAGCUGGAGCACAUUCUCAACAUCUGCAGAAGGAGUAUUCUGAUCCGAUACGUCAUAGAGCUUUAUGCGCAAGGAGAAUCCUUCGAAGAGGUGGUCAACGAGCUGAAACAACAGGACAUCGAAGCUCACGACGAUCUAUUCAAGUUUGAAGUAGAGGCUUUUGGAAGAAGGAAGAUUUCGCGGGAAGAAAAGGUGGCGAAGAUGGAGAGGCUGAGUUUCCUGCCGCUCAACGGGAGCGUGAGUCUCAAGGACUACAAACACGCAUAUUACAUAAUCGAAUACUACGGUCAGGAGAACAACGUGUUCCGGGAAAAUCCUCUGAGAGUCUUCUUCGGUCGAUUGGUGGCGGAAGGACGGCGAGAUCUUGUUGAUUGGCUCUCCCUGAAGAAACGUCUCUUCAUUGCAAAUACCUCGAUGGAUCCCACCUUGUCGAUUGUGAUGUCGAACAUGGCGAAAAGCAAGGAAGCGGACCUGGUUUUUGAUCCUUUCGUUGGUUCCGCGAGCUUACUUGUUGCUGCGGCCCUGCAUGGAGCGUAUGUACUCGGAAUGGAUAUCGACUUUCUGUUGUUACACGGCCGCGCAAAACCCUCUCGAUGCAAAGUCGAGAAGCGCCAGGCAGGUGAAUCGGUGUACAACAAUUUGAAGCAAUACGGCGUGGAGAAAAAAUACUUGGAUGUGAUCGUCGGAGACUCGUCUCUCCCCGUUCUGAGACAUUUGACGAUGAACGCGAUCCUAACUGAUCCGCCGUACGGUAUCCGGGAAAGCACGGAACGGAUAGGAACGAGGAAAAAUAAAUACGGGGGUUUGAAUCACGCACCGGAGGACCAUUAUCCCUCGAAAGUAUCCUACAAUCUCGACGAGGUGGUGAGAGACUUGAUGAAAUUCUCGGCAGCGACUCUCCCGAUAGGGGGCCGUCUCGUUUUUUGGAUACCCGUUUUCCGAGAAGAUUUCAUCCGAGAUCUCGACAGAGGCAAGGCUUGUCCGAAGCAUCCAUGUUUCUCGAUGGUGGCUUGCAGCGAGCAACGACUUACGACUCAUUCUUCGCGGAUGCUCUUCACCUUUGAGAAAGUGAAAGAGCUCGAGGAAUCGGACCUCCAGAAACUUUCCGAUCCGUCUCUGUCCCUUGACCAGGAUCAGCAAUCAUUCAGAGACAAGUACUUCGGAAAGUACGACCCGAGGAUUUCGCCUUGAGUAGGUCCUGAAAUCCGACGUACUGUCUUCUACAUCUUUACAUAAUAUAUGUAUUUACCGAUGUUGCUGCCUUGUAAACAGAGUGACUACAUUAAAACCAUGCUUUUCGCAAUGGAAGA